AUGAAGCUGACAAUGGUCUCUUCAAUUUUCUUUCAUUCAACCACAUCCUUUGAGGAUGAAGCAUAUCAUUCUACCGAUCUUAGAGAAUCUAAUGAGCAAGUAAGGAAGGCUACAUAUUCUUCUGAAAAUAUUAAAAGCUCAACUCACGAAGGAAAGAAUUGCCAUCCAACUAAUGCUGAAGAAUCCGUUACGAGUCCGUCUGAGGAAAAGAUGGUUUCCAACUCACCAAGUAUUCUAUCCCAAGAUCCCCAACAACCCCAGACCUCUAUUCGGGAUAGCAACGAUAUUGUUGUGAGCAGUGGUCUCAACAACAUUAAUUCCUCCAACAAGGAGCCAAUCUUCAUACUUAAGAAAACUAUCAUCGGAACAAGAAAUACAUCAAUACUGUUGAGUAGUAAUAGAGGGAAUGAGAGAAACAACUCUCUUCUUCUGUCGUUAUUCAAUCUGAUUACGCUUAGAGGAGCCACAAUGGACGUCCCACCUAAUUGUACAGAAAUAAGUCUUGAGAAACUUUUACAGUGCUUAGAAAAGGCAUUCCUUGACUUCAACCCAAAACUUAAAUCAUGUAAGAUUAAGAGUCUCCUCAACCGAUUGUACAAUACACAAACAGUUGAUUUCCGAGUUACAGGUGAAAUCAACAGCAUUGAGAAUGAUUCAAUUGAAAAGCUCGUUGAUUGGGUUAAGAUCUAUUUUGUCCACGGUACUAUCAUUGCCGAGAACACUCCGCUAUAUCAAUCGCUCAAAGGAAUGAAAUAUAGCGAGCUAUUAAAUCAUUCUAAAUCUUCGGGAAACACUAAAAAGCUGGAAGAUAUUCGAGAAUUCUUGAAUCUGUACUCCGAUUUGGGUUUAAGUCAAGAAGGUAUUGAGAAAUUGCAUACUAUUGAAUCCAUGCGUUUGAAAAUUUUGUUUCAUGAAGACACGUUCUCAGUGAUUGUAAAUUACAAGGGAAGAAUAUUUGAACUAAUUGACAGAAAUGCUCUCGAUUCAAAUUCUCACCUGAGAGCCAAAUAUAAUUGGUCAGGUCCAAUCCCUGAAAAUGCUGUUUGGGCAAGGUGGCCUCUUCACAACCCUAGCGACAAGAGAGUAUUGUGUGGUGGUGAUUUCUUUGAACUGCCAACAACAUGUUCUCCAACAUCAAGUCCCAACUUAAUUUCCAUUUCUGAACACACAGAAGAAGGCAUUGAUGUUUCAGUUUUGACAUGUCCAAUAUCCAUGUGUAUUUUCUUUGAUCCAGUAGUAGCAGUGGAUAAUAUAACUUAUGAAAGAGAAGUGUUCAAAAAGUGGUGUGGAAAAAAGGUAGAGAUUGUUUCUCCAGUAACAGGUAAAAGAAUUUCACCUCGUAUGACCAAUGAUGUGGUCAUCAGAAAUAAGGUAAAGAACUAUUUGGAGCGAAACGUGCAUUUAAAACUUUCUGAAGAGUUAUAUUUCCCUCUGCACAAUUUUGAAUCGUUCCGUAAAGCGAUCGCAAAGGGUGAUGUUGAUGAAGCCACAGAAAUUGCCAAGAGUGAUAUUCGCUUAAUUACAAUGAGGCCUGAUGAGCUUGCCAAACUCAACGACUCUGUGAAAUCCAAUGACUCUCUCAAUGGAUACAACCUUGCCUUCAUUCACGGUCUUCAUAAGCUACUCGACAAUAUGAAAAACAUUCUUGUUCACAACAUUUAUCUUGCCAUGGAACAACGAUGCGAAUCAUCCACAAUCGAACAGCUUUCACUCCAUCUUGAUUUGAUUGAACAAAAAAUUCUCGAUUCCAAGCAAGAGUUUCCAACAACAGCAACAGUUUCACAAGAGAAAGAAAAUACGACUGUAAACACUACAAUAAAUCCCUGA